UAUGAAUUGAUUAAUUACAAUUACACUCUCAAAAACCCUAUUCCUAAUCCCAAAUUUCCAUGGCAACCAUGAAACACCGUCCUUCUCCUCUCGACGAACCACCCUCCGCCUCUUCCUCCUCCUCCGAGGAUGAUCGGAACUCUACUUCUCAAAAGCCAGAAGAAGAGGAAGAUUCAUCUGAUGAUGACUCUUCUUCCGAAGAAGAAGCAGAGGAAGUUCAUGCUUCGACAAAACCUCCAUCACCCACUCCAAGUUCAAACCCUAAAUCUGCGUCCUCCGAAUCAGAAUCUGAUUCCGAACCGAAACCGGAACAAGAACCAACACCACCUCCGAAUACCAAUGCCAAACCACUCGCUUCCAAACCGACGAAGGUUCAAACCUCUCCUUUACCUGCCAAAUCAGGAACAAAGCGUGCCAUGGAGAACACCAACACUGAAAAUGACUCUAAGCGGUCGAAGAAGACCGCUGAUAAUGGUUCCCACGACGAGAAGGAAGUGGCGAAAGCCUCUAAGACUUCCUCUCACAGACUCUUCAGCGAAGAAGAUGAACUCGCCAUUCUGAAAGGUCUUGCUGAUUUCAUUUCCAAAACCGGAAAAGAUCCAAUGAAUGACACACCAGCAUUUUACUCUUUUGUGAAGAAAUCUCUUCAAGCUGACGCCAACAAAGGACAACUGAGGCGGAAACUUCGCAGUCUGAAGAACAAGUAUGAAAGCAAUGGAGAUUUUACCAAAGAGCAUGAUAAGAAAGCUUUUGAACUUUUCCAGAAGAUCGGCUUCAAAAAUGAAGCUAAAGAAAGUAAUGAGAAAACACUGAAAAACUGCUCUGCUUCUGUUUCUGCUAAAGAAGUAUUACUUUCUGAGAAGAAGAAGGAAACUGUGAAAGAUGUUAUUAAGAGUUUGUCUUUUGCUGAAAUGGUUAGGUUUGGUGAUGAAUUGGGGUUGUCUUUGUUGAACAUGAAUGCAAUGAAGAAGGGAAUGGAACUGAUGGGAGAAUCAAAGAUGGCUGUUUUUGAAGAGAGAUGGAAAAAGGUUCAAAUUGCUGAGAUGGAAUUGCUUAUGCUUCGAGCAGAGUUGGUUAGAGAUCAAACUAGCAUGAUAUUGGAGGCAUAUAACAAUUCUAACUAACUACUAUAACUUUUGAUGCAUAUAAGAAUAGAAACCUAAUCUAGUUUUGGGUAUAGUUUUUUUGCAGGGUUUUGAGACCUUGGUUUUGUGGUUAAUCUAACAGUAAGUGGUUCAUCUUUUUUGAUGCUGUCAUUGAUCUAUCAUGUUGUUAACCUCUGUUGAGAGUGUUUUGAACCUCUGUUUAGAAAGUUUUGUAUGUUUCUUAUUGACAGUAUUUUGAAAAGUAUUAUGAAAGGAUGACUAUAUUAAUGAGGUUUAUUUCU